AGCAUCUUGUCAAUACUUCACCCCAACGACCACCUUUCUUGCACGGUAUCACUCGUUAGCUGAUACACCACCGUCAAGAUGGUUCUCACCGAUUACACCUACGUGUUCGUGAUCGGCACGUUCUUUGCCUUGCUCGAUGCAUACAACAACGGUGCCAACGAUGUCGCCAACGCCUGGGCUACGUCCGUCUCCUCCAGGUCCAUCUCCUACCGAUGGGCCAUGGUCCUCGCUACCGUCUUCGAGAUGGUAGGCGCCAUCACUGUCGGUGCUCGUACCGCGGAUACCAUCAAGAACGGCAUUAUUCCCACCGAUUCCUUCCGUGACAACGCCGGAGUCCAGAUGUUGGCUUUCACCUGCGCUCUCGCUGGUGCCUCCAUCUGGGUUAUGUGGUGCACACGCCACUCCGCCCACGUCUCUUCGACAUACUCUUUGAUCUCCUCCGUCGCUGGUGUUGGUGUUGCCACUGCUGGUGCACGCAACGUCCAAUGGGGAUGGAACGGAGGUAAGGGUCUUGGUGCCAUCUUCGCUGGUUUGGGCAUGGCCCCAGCCAUUGCAGCUGGAUUUGGUGCCACCAUCUUCAUGUUGAUCAAGGUCGUGGUCCACAUGCGCUCAAACCCAAUUCCAUGGUCGGUCUGGACUGCUCCAUUCUUCUUCCUCAUCGCCGGAACUAUUUGCACGCUCUCCAUCGUGUACAAGGGAUCGCCAAACCUCAAGCUCAACGACAAGCCACCGCCAUUCAUUGCUGGUGUGACCGUCGGCACUGGCGCUGCUCUUGCAGUCCUGUCCGCCCUCUUCUUUGUGCCAUUCCUGUACAUGCGCGUCAUCCGCCGCGAUGCUUCGAUCAAAUGGUACAACGUUUUCGAAGGCCCACUUCUCUUCAGACGUGCUCCACCUACCGGUGACGCUGUCGCCACUGUGCCCAAUUACGCCGUUGAGCAACACGAUGAUGAGGAUGACAAGCAGUCCACCGAGAGCACCGUCGUCGAGUCCGCCAUUUUCGAGAAGGGAGCCGCCUCUCCAGCUGUCCAGUCCCUCAGCGAGGCUGAGGCUCAGCAAGCCCAGGCCCGCUACAAGCAAGCUCAAGUCGACGCCCGCGAGAAGCUCCACCGCAAGAUCCGCAACGGCCGUGGUCCUCUCGCCUGGGCCAUGCGCUACCUCCACGAGAACAAGCAGGGAUCUGGCGAAAUUUACGAAUUCAAGAACAUGGCCAUUGCCAUCAAGCGCAUCCCAGCCAUGAUCGUCGUCGGUGCUCUCUACGGUUCUCACUACGACAUCCACGCUGCUCAGGCCGGUAUUUCUGGUACUCCAGAGGGCAACCGCAUGUCUCGCGUCUACUCUCACGCACCAAAGUACCCCAACGAGGUCGAACACGCCUACUCCUUCGUCCAAGUCUUGACCGCCUGUACCGCCUCUUUCGCCCACGGUGCCAACGAUGUCGGUAACGCCGUCGCUCCAUGGGCCGUCAUCUACUCCGCCUGGAGAACCGGCGACGCCGCAGCUUCCAAGCUUCCCGUCCCAACCUGGCAAAUCGCCGUCCUCGCCGCCACCAUCUCCAUCGGUUUCAUCACCUACGGUUACAACAUCAUGAAGGUCAUGGGUAACAAAAUCACUUACCACUCACCUUCUCGUGGCUGUUCCAUGGAGAUGGGUGCCGCCAUCACUGUCUUGCUCUUCUCUCAAUUUAAGCUUCCAGUUUCUACUUCGAUGUGCAUUACUGGUGCUACCGUCGGUGUUGGUCUCUGCAACGGAACUUGGAGAGCAGUCAACUGGCAGCGAGUCGGUCUCCUCGUGAUCUCUUGGAUCGCUACCAUCCCAAUUGCUGGUCUCAUUGGUGGUAUUACCAUGGGUAUUCUCCUCAACACUCCUCACUUCUCUUAGAUUGAAGCUGGAUUUGUUGUACUAUGGUUUACGGCACAUACAUGAUGAUACCCGGGAUUUUAUGAAAGCGAGC